GGCGGGAGGUGUGCGCCUGGGCGCUGGCAGAGCGGAGCCGGGGCUGGGGGGCCGCGGGAGGGCUGCGCGCCCGCGGGACCUCAAGGGCCUGCCCCUGUUGGCAGACCCGGGCACUUCCGCUAGGGGGCGACAGUGCCAUGUUUCUCCAGGUUCCCUGCUACCCCAGUGACCCCUCGAACCCUGGGAGACAAGUCCUUUAAGAAUUAAGUCGGAUAGCCUUGGGGCGAGGGGCGUGCGCAGGAAGGGUUGCCCAAUAUUCGGGGGUCCUGAAUUCUCCCCCUGGGCCCGAUUUGUGGGGACACUGACCGUGGCCGGGCAGGGCGGCCUCACUUGCUACCCCUUUUGGUCGGGACGCUGCUGGUAGGGAGCGCAGCUCUCGCUGCGGUGCGUUCCUUCUCGAGCUCCUCGGGCGGCGCUGGGUGGCAGGCCUGCUAAGGAGCGUCACUCACCCGGAGGUCUUUGUCCUGAGGGCGUGGAAGGGGAGGGUCCCUGGGGCGGGGAAGACGCGCACUUCCCGCUUUGUGCGCUUUAUCCGCGCUUGCGGCUUGCCCAGGUUGUUUCGUCUGGAGCCGCCAUGUGCGGGCUAGUGAGUGAGCGUACUCCGCACCGUGCUCGCCGCAUGCCAACUUCCUCGCCGGGCCCGGAUCUCGGCUUCUACUGGCCCAAGGCCUGGGGUUCGGACUUGGCGCUUCAGAGCGCCUCGGGCAUCGCAGGGCCCAGGCCUUCGCCGCCGGGCUUUGAGGACGCGUUCCCCCAGGAUCGCCACGACGCGAGCAGCAAUGGAAACCCGCGCCUUCCCCACCUCUCCUCCGCCGGGCAGCACCUCUACAGCCCCGCGCCGCCUCUCUCCCAUACUGGAGUCGCCGAAUACCAGCCACCACCUUACUUUCCACCGCCAUACCAGCAGCUGGCCUACUCGCAGUCGGCCGACCCCUACUCGCAUCUGGGAGAAGCUUACGCCGCUGCCAUCAACCCCCUGCACCAGCCAGCGCCCACCGGCAGCCAGCAGCAGGCCUGGCCGGGCCGCCAGAGUCAGGAGGGGGCUGGCCUGCCCUCGCACCACGGGCGCCCGGCCGGCCUGCUACCCCACCUCUCCGGGCUGGAGGGUGGCGCCAUGAGCGCCCGCAGGGAUGCCUACCGCCGCUCGGACCUGCUGUUGCCCCACGCGCACGCCCUGGAUGCCGCGGGCCUGGCGGAGAACCUGGGGCUCCACGACAUGGCUCACCAGAUGGAGGAGGUGCAGAAUGUUGACGACCAGCAUCUGCUCCUGCACGAUCAGACUGUUAUUCGCAAAGGUCCUAUUUCAAUGACCAAGAACCCCCUGAGUCUCCCUUGUCAGAAGGAGCUGGUAGGGGCUGUGAUGAAUCCCAGCGAGGUCUUCUGCUCCGUCCCUGGAAGAUUGUCCCUCCUCAGCUCCACGUCUAAAUACAAAGUGACAGUUGCUGAAGUCCAGAGGCGAUUGUCCCCGCCUGAGUGCUUAAACGCCUCAUUACUGGGAGGUGUUCUCAGAAGAGCCAAAUCUAAAAAUGGAGGCCGGUCCUUGCGGGAGAAGUUGGACAAGAUUGGGUUGAACCUGCCAGCCGGGAGACGGAAAGCUGCUCACGUCACGCUCCUGACGUCCUUAGUAGAAGGCGAGGCUGUUCAUUUGGCCCGGGACUUCGCCUAUGUCUGUGAAGCUGAAUUUCCUAGUAAACCAGUGGCUGAGUAUCUAACAAGACCUCAUCUGGGAGGGCGGAACGAGAUGACAGCUAGAAAGAACAUGCUCCUGGCGGCGCAGCAGGUGUGUAAAGAAUUCACGGACCUUCUCAAUCAAGACCGAACACCCAACGGAAACAACCGGCCCACCCCGGUCUUGGAGACGAACAUACAGAGCUGCUUGUCUCAUUUCAGCCUGAUUACCCACGGCUUCGGCAGCCAGGCUCUCUGUGCCGCUGUGUCUGCCGUGCAGAACUACAUAAAAGAGGCCCUGAUAGUCCUAGACAAAUCCUACAUGAACCCCGGAGACCAGAGUCCAGCCGAUUCUAGCAAAACCCUGGAGAAAAUGGAGAAGCACAGAAAAUGAAGGAUGGGCGUGAGCCAAGGGCUGAAGAGUCUCGAAGGAAAAGGACUCCACGAUCGUUCUCGACCCGGACAGACUGGGAACCCCUCUUGCUGGGAGGGGAAAGUUUGCGACCCACCUUCCCAUUAAAAAGGCCUCCACUCGUUUCUGGAUCUUGGACGAGCCCUCCCGGAUUCCUUAGUGUUCCUUCUCUAGCGCUGAAGUGUGUCUCCUUAACUCUGGACAAGUUAUCGGAAAGUGACAAGUACUGGUUCUUUGUUCAUUAAGCUCAUCUUAUUCUUUUGAACCCCAUUCUCUUCUCUGAAAGUGGUGCUACAAGUUUUAGAACCUUUUCAAUAAAUUCCCUGGGCUCACGAGAAAACCCACGCACGUAGCUGUUGAAAUGUCAAAUUGAUGCGGUUUAUCUAGAAGUAUUUAUCUGGCUUCUUCAGAAAUCACACUCUACAGACGGUAGGAAGCCAAGAUUCUCUCUGCUUAGCGACUAGUGUACUAGGUGGUAUUUGACACGUUCAGACCUCUUGUUGAAAGGGGGCCUUUGGGUUUUCCGAAACUUGUAGAAAUGAAGCCUGCUGAUGAUUUUGUGUUUUCUUUUCGUCUUUUUUCUUUUUUUUAAUUCUGAGAGUUAACUCUUCAAAUGAGAGACUCUGAAAUGUCGUGUUCCUUUAAGGUACUGAAGCUUUAUUUGCAUAUUUAUUUCACAUCUUGGUGUUUUGAGUAAACUUGAAAAGGGUAGGCAUGAAGCGUUUUUUUGGUUUUUGUUUUUGUUUUUUGCUGCCGGCCCCCCCCCCACGUCCCAUAGGAGGCUCUGUGUUGAGAAGCAGUGCGUUGAGUGUACAAAUUUUAUUUAUACAUAAUUUAAUGGGGUCUGUAAAUAAUGGGUGUACUUCUUAUGACUUUUGGACAAAUGGGAUUUGAUUUUAAUAUUAACUUCUGAAGGUGAUGGGGUAAUCUAAAACCCUUCUUUUAGAUUUUAUUCGUAUGUACACAGGGUAUUAAGAGGAUCCUGGGCUCUGUUCUUGAUGUGGACGAUUCUAUUUAAUUGAAACUCUCUGUUCACAAAGCAAUAACUUUGUGUCUCAUUCCCAUCGUGCUGAACCCGAAGAUGGGCGUGCGGUACCGUGCAUGGGGGUGGAACGGAGGUUUGGAAAUGGCUGUAAACGUUCCCCGAGUAAUUGUUGUGUAUACGAUACCUGUAUAAUAAAAAGUAUUCUCCGUAGAAG